AUGAGGGCUGGAUUUUGGCGGUUGCAAACGUGCCCGUCUGGAGACGCUGGGGCGGGCACCUCAUGUGAACCUUGGCUCUCAAUGCCUUUCGUUGCGCUAGGGAAAAGUAGCCAUCACACAAACACGCACAUGUACACACACAAAAACCAGAACAACCCUCUUAUGUCACCUUCGGCGGCUCCAUCUUCCGCGAUUUGGUUAUUGGUAGAUCUUGGGGGAGGUGUGACGGCCUGGCAAUGCCUUAGCCGCCAGCAAUUGCGCUCUGGGCAUACUGUUGGUUCAGCGACCACUCCACCGCCGGGCGUCACACGAUUAGCACCUGAGACAGCGAUGGGAGGCUGGAUUGCAUUUGGGCAAGAUACAGUAUGGUCCGCGCAUCGCAAGACGAGAGUGAGAGUGAAGGGGAGGAAGGUAGGAUAUAAAAACGUACAGGCCACAGAAUCGAAUCCUAGGCCAGGCAGGUUGUGA